AUGUCUGCAGCUCGGCUUCCCGCCGAACAUGACGAUCAGGAGUCCAAAAAGGCCAAAAAGAUAGCCUCACCCCUGCUGGGCUUCUCGGACGAAGAUAAGGUUAGAAUCAUCCAACCCCACGAUGAUGCUCUCGUUGUCACGCUCAGGAUUGGAGGAUAUGAUGUGAAGAGAGUGCUAGUAGAUCAGGGUAGCGCUGUGGAAGUAAUGUACUCCGACCUAUAUAAGGGGCUGAAUUUAAGACCUGAGGACUUAACGGCAUACGAUUCCCCUCUAGUGAGCUUCGAAGGGAAGACCAUUACUCCAAGGGGCCAGAUCAGACUGCUCAUACAAACAGGUUCGGACGUGGUGGAGGUGGAUUUCAUCAUAGUUGAUGCUUAUUCACCCUACACAGCUAUUAUAGCUAGGCCUUGGCUUCAUGCCCUAGGAGUUGUCUCUUCUACCCUGCACCAAAAUGUGAAGUACCCGUUUGAGGGCUAG